CCCUUCCCAAUCCCGGGGAUACACAAUAGCAGCAGCACCUCCCGGGCCUUCGGAGCCUGGCAAGCCGAAGAUACCGAGUCUGGAACCCCCAGCCAUGGAAACCUCAGCUCUCGAGGAGUUUGCUUUCUCCGAAGAGAAACGCCACGCGGCCGGGGGCCCCGAGGAGACCUUCGCCCAGCGGGGACCGGUCAGGACGGACGCGCUAGCUAGCUACUUCAUAGAGGGGACUCUGCAGGUCGCUUUUGUGCAAGGACCGGUUUUCUUUUUUAAAUAAAUGGGCACCGCAGGCUCCAAGGUCACACAGCCUGCCCAGGCGGGCAGAGCCCGACCUUGAAUCCCGAUCUCCCCCCGCUCCCCCGGGCGAGCAGCUGCAGCUCGGGGGACCCGCCUCCCAGCAGCCGGGCUAAGGCUCGGGGGGCGGGGCUAGGUCCCUGGCGGCGCAGGCGCAGGCGCCGGCUCAAGGGGCGCUGGAACCUGGAAGCGACGGGCUCUGGUUUCCGGCAGCAAGGGAGGACUCGUUGAGGCGGCGCGCCGGGAAGAUGGCGGCGGGGCUGCGGAAGCGGGGCCCGGCCGGGGCCGGCGCGCGCUGGGGGCUGGGCCUGGGGCCGGCGCCGCUGAAGCGAGCGUGGCAGGAGCGGUGGCUGCUGCUGCUGGAGCCGCGCUACACGCCGCUCGUGGCCGCCUGCCUCUGCCUGGCGGAGGUGGGCAUCAACCACUGGGUCAUACGCAGGGUGGCCUACACAGAGAUUGACUGGAAGGCCUACAUGGCCGAGGUGGAGGGAGUCAUCAAUGGCACCUACGACUACACCCAGCUCCGAGGAGACACGGGGCCCCUCGUCUACCCUGCAGGCUUUGUGUACAUCUUCAUGGGGCUGUACUAUGCCACGAGCCGUGGAACCAACAUCCGCCUGGCCCAGCACAUCUUCCUGGGCCUCUACCUCGCCACCCUGCUGCUAGUGUUCCGGAUCUACAGCCGGACCCGGAGGGUGCCUCCUUUUGUUUUCUUCUUCAUGUGCUGUGCCUCCUAUCGGGUCCACUCCAUCUUCGUGCUGCGCCUCUUCAACGACCCAGUGGCCAUGGCGCUGCUCUUCCUCAGCAUUAACCUCCUGCUGUCCCAGCGCUGGGGCUGGGCCUGUGGCUGUUUCAGCCUGGCCGUGUCAGUGAAGAUGAAUGUGCUGCUCUUCGCCCCGGGCCUCCUCUUCCUCCUCCUCUCUCGGUUCGGCCUCCGUGGGGCCCUUCCCAAAUUGGGCAUCUGUGCCCUCCUGCAGGUGGUGCUGGGCUUGCCCUUCCUGCUGGAGAACCCGGCUGGCUACCUGUCCCGUUCUUUUGACCUGGGCCGGCAGUUCCUCUUCCGCUGGACGGUGAACUGGAGAUUCCUGCCUGAGGCGCUCUUCCUGAAUCGGGCCUUCCACCUGGCGCUGUUGGCCACCCACCUGGGGCUGCUGGCGCUAUUUGCCUUCCGCAGGUGGCCCAGGUCCGGAGACAGCAUCCUGUCCCUCCUGAAAGAGCCCUCAAAGAGGAAAGGCCCCACCCAGCCGCUCACUGCCAAUCAGAUAGUGUCCGUGCUCUUUACCUCCAACUUCAUCGGCAUCUGCUUCAGCCGCUCCCUCCACUACCAGUUCUACGUCUGGUACUUCCACACGCUGCCCUACCUCCUGUGGGCGACACCCUGCCGCUGGCUCACACACCUGCUCAGGUUACUGGUGCUCGGCCUCAUCGAGCUGUCCUGGAACACCUACCCCUCCACGUCCUGUAGCUCCAUGGCCCUGCACCUCUGCCACGCUGUUAUUCUGCUGCAGCUGUGGGUGGGCUCCAAGGCCCCGGCCGAGGGCUCCCAGCCCCUCCAGCCCAGCCAGAAGGACUCCUGAGCGGCUGCCACCCAAGCUUCCCUGGCCUCGGACCUGGGGGUGCUGACAGACUCUGGUCCUUGUAGAGCUACCUCCCCAAUAAACCUGGCUGAGCCCAGCCC